AGAGUGACCACACAAAUGAAGGAUCAAGAUAGUGGGUUAGGGUGCCUCAGAAUGUCCCUUUCUUGUUCGAACAGAAAAUUGUCCUCUCUAAUCCUCCCAGGGGAAUUAUCCCCCUUAUAUAGAAACAGUGUGCUAUGAUAUGGCGUUUAUGGCAGGAACUGCGUCAUUGUGAUGGAUCUGUGUUGACUGAAAGUCUCGCAUUGAACAUCAGUGCUCAGUCCGUGAAUCUUGGUGCCAAGGAACCCACUCAGUUCAACAGGGUGGGCCAGACUUUUAGACACCCAAUAUAGCUACCUAAUUACCUUCCUUGCAAGCCUUCAUUCUUUGUUUCCCACCUGUCGAGAGCCCUGUACAGGUCUCUCUGCGAGCGUAUCUCUGUAGCCGGUUAGGUCGUUGGCUUCGGUGGUUGGCGACACCACACAGCUAAGUGUUCCACUGUCUCCCUGCCCUGGCCGCAUUCGCAGUAGGGUGUAGGUUUUAGAGAGACCCUGGUCAGGAAGAGGAAGUUUUUAAGGCCUA